AUGGGUGCUGGACCGGAAUGGUACUGGUCACUGCUGGAGUUUGGAGUGAAGCUAAAACGCCAUGCUCCGUACUUUGGUUUGACUAUCUUCAUGCCAACGAUUAUAACUUGCUUAUUGACGCUAUGCUCAUUCUGGAUCGACACACCAGCUAUGGCAAUUGCUCUUCUGAUUUUCAAUGUACUACUUCAAGGUCUAUUUGGCUGGGAUCUUAUCCGAGAACUCCCUCCUGGCAGCGGAAGUGUUCCAAAAAUAGCAAAGCGCUAUUUUUCAGUUUCCCUAUAUGGUUUCAACCUUUCGAUGACAACAAUCGCGUUCAUGAUCAAUGUAUUGGCACAAUUUUUCGAAUCUGUUCUGCCUGGUGACUUGGAACUUCCUGAAAAGGUCACCACAUUGCCGGAAAAGCUACGACUUGGACAGCUCUUCCAAGUGAAAGGACUGUCAUUUGAUCCGCAGAUGUAUGUUUUUUGA